CCCUGACCCCGAACUAGCGUAUCGUUUUGUAAGCCUAAUAUAAAAGUUUGGCUCGGAAAUCUGGCUUUAUCAAAUGAUGCAUUGACACUGACAGACCUAGAAGAAGACGACUGAUAUUUCAAAUAGUUUUAAGUGUCAUCUAGCCUAGACAGCUAGAAGCGAGCGGAAAGCUGAGAAGCUGCGGUCAAAGAUGUCUCUGGCGUGGACCUGACCCCCACCACACGCCCAGAUCUGUGACCAAAAUGGAGUACGGCUACGGCGACGCACGCUUAGUCGCAGCUGUGCAGUUUUUCGAUUCCACUUCACGCCAUGGGGCGACAGUCUUCGAGGGGCCGAAUAGUGCGGCAUAUAGCUCUGUGGGGCACAGGUCUUCUCGCGUUUGGCGUUGCUGGCGCCAUAAUCUGUGGUAUUAUCAACACCUUGUCCGAGAUUAUGUUCACAUUAAACCUGAUCGGAAUGUUAGCUCUGGCAGCUACAUUCUUGCCAGUUCCGGAAACUGCGAACGCCCGGGCCAUUCGGGGGAUCAUUACUGGCGUGCAGAACAUGCUACGGCGAACCCCUGCAAGCGCAGAGCUGCUGCGCGCCAACAACGUGUCUCGCUGGGUGUCGCGGGUCAGUGUGUGCACUGCGGUCAUGCUAGCUGUCGGAGUCAACAGCAUGCCCACAAUAACAUCAUUCUUCAUUUCAAGACGGAGUGUGUUUCCCCGGCUACCGUUGCCGAUUUGGCCACCUCCGUGCUCACCUGAUUCUGAUUGGUGCGAAAUUUCUCUCUUAGUUUUUGAGUGCUCGCUUGUGACCACGAUAAGCUUGGUUUACGCAUGCUUCACGACGAUUCACGUCAGCUUGAUUGUAUACCUUGCUGAACUUCUCCGUGUGCCUGCUGUGAAGCUACAUUCUACGCUCCAAGCCGCGAGUGAACUAGGAACCUUUGAUGCACACCUUGACCGUGAAAUCAACUCUACUAUAGCUUAUCACCACGAUGUCAUUCGGCUCCUGGAUCAUUACAAUGAAUGCUUCGCUGGGACAAUGUUUACUCGGCACCUUCUAACUCUUCUCUUCAUUUCUGCAAGUGCUCUGCUUUUUAUGACGGAUCCAAGCAAUUUACAAGCAUUCAGCAUUGUCGUUUUUACUCUCGUUUCAAUGGGUUUGUUUGCCUACUUGGGCGAACAGGUGAACGUUGCGAACGAUGAUAUGCACACUGCCGUGUAUACUAGUGGCUGGGAGAACAUGCCCACGCACUUGCGUCUUAAGUUGUGUUUAAUACUAUGUCGAGCAAACAGACCCAUUGGCGUUCGAGGCACGUUCAUUGGAUUUGUGACAUUCCCGUCAUUUCUACAACUCGUGCGCUCAUCUUACACUGUUCUGCAGUUUCUAUUCCAAAUGCAAUUUUAGUUAGAAAAAACUCAAUGAAGAAACGAUUCUUGAAAUAAGCAGAUGAUACAAAUGAUGCAAAUUUAAGAGUAGUGCUAAUAAAUUUCCAACAAAUUUGAAAUGUUUGGUAGGGAGACAAACCUAUACCUACCGAGGUGUUUGGAUUUUAUAGCUCUUUAUGAUGCUUCUAAUAUAGAAACACCGGCUCAAACCGAAUUAUUUCGCACAAGCAGAGACCGGGGAUCUGACAUUGUUGGGGUGGGCCUACCGAACCCACCCGCCCUAACACCCGCAUCGAUGGGUUCUACGUCACAACAACACACCAAAAUCAAAAACCUCAAAAACUGCAGCUUCCGCAGCAAAGUGGGAGUGCCGAAGGUCCUUUGCCAAAAAUCACCACCCGUCUCCACCAGCACACAUGCCUAGGCAUUUCUACUUUCAAAGGUGUGUUGUCACUGU